CAAUGACCAUCUACUCCCCAAAACUACCCUUUAUUUUCCACUUUAUUGUCUUCGUGUCUCAGUUCUCGGGAGACUCUCUUGCGUACUACGCCUAGAACAUUCACCUCUGACGAUCGCAGAAAAGCCUCGCAUACCAUAGCGAACCCUAAUCGGUGGUAGCUUAUUUAUCUAGUUAAACCCAAGUUAUUUCCUAUAGUAACGGGGAGCUUUCUUCAAAUUUUUUUUGGUCAGGCACUAUCUUUGGAUUUUCAGCCAUGGUGCUCGAGGCUACCAUGAUCUGUAUUGAUAAUUCUGAAUGGAUGAGAAAUGGUGAUUAUGCACCUGCAAGGUUUCAAGCACAAGCUGAUGCUGUGAAUUUGAUAUGUGGAGCAAAAACACAGUCUAAUCCGGAGAACACUGUGGGAGUUUUGACCAUGGCAGGAAAAGGAGUACGUGUUUUGGUCACUCCUACGAGCGAUCUGGGCAAGAUCUUGGCAUGCAUGCAUGGCUUAGAGAUAGGAGGUGAGAUGAACUUGGCUGCUGGGAUUCAGGUAGCUCAGCUGGCUCUUAAGCAUCGCCAAAACAAAAAGCAGCAACAAAGAAUUAUUGUUUUUGCUGGAAGUCCUGUCAAACAUGACAAGAAAUUAUUGGAAGCAAUAGGAAGGAAAUUAAAAAAGAAUAGUGUGUCUCUUGAUAUUGUUGAUUUUGGUGAAGAAGAUGAUGGGAAGCCAGAGAAGCUGGAGGCUCUCCUUUCUGCUGUGAAUAACAAUGAUAGCAGCCACAUUGUUCAUGUUCCUGCCGGUCCCAAUGCUCUUUCUGAUGUUCUUAUAAGCACACCCAUAUUUACUGGAGAUGGGGAAGGAGGAAGUGGUUUUGCAGCCGCUGCCGCAGCAGCAGCUGCAGCAGGGGGUGUGUCUGGAUUUGACUUUGGUGUGGAUCCCAACUUAGAUCCUGAACUAGCUCUUGCCCUAAGGGUUUCAAUGGAAGAGGAGAGGGCAAGGCAAGAAGCUGCUGCAAAAAGGGCUGCAGAGGAAGCUUCCAGACAAGAAAAAGGAGAACAGCCAUCGAAUUCACAGGAUACAACUAUGACUGACCGUGGUAGCAUUAUGGCUCCUGAAGCAGGAAAUAAAAGAAAUGAUCUAAUGGAUGAUGAGACUGCAUUAUUAGAGCAGGCUCUUGCAAUGUCCAUGGAUGAUCCUAAGUCUGGUCACUCAGCGGAUUCAGAUAUGUCUGAGGCAACUGCAGUGGAUCAAGAUUUGGCUUUUGCCCUUCAAAUGUCUGUGCAAGAUAAUGUGAAUGAUUCAGCAACUCAGACAGAGAUGACCAAGGCGUUGGGCGACCAGUCUUUUGUGUCGUCUAUACUUGCUUCGCUUCCUGGAGUUGACCCAAAUGACCCAUCCGUGAAAGAUUUGCUUGCAUCACUGCAGGGCCAGUCUGAGCCAAAGGAAGAAGAGAAGAAGCCACCAAAUGAGGAGGAGAAGUGAUGGGGUUGAUAGCUGCUGUGUCUGAGGUAAGAGAGCUUGUGAUUGUGGUUAUGGUGGGGCAUUGAAGGUUAAUAAGGAUUGGAACGCAAACUUAUCUAUAGUUGUAUGGCCCUCAACAUUGCUUAAAAGUUCAGAAUUACGUUCUUUCUACAAAGCAGCUUCGUUAAUUCUUCUUUUUUUUUUUUUCACCCCAUUUUUAAUAUAUGUUUCAAUAUAUGUAGAUUAAUAUUUGUCGUACAGGUAUUAUGGGGACAAGUCUUUCAUGAUUGGAAAUAGAAUAUUUGGAAACCAAAGAAUGCCCCUUGUGCUAUUGAUCCUUGUGACGCAGCAGCUGUUGCUUUCUUUGUUUAGAUUAAAAGGGUUGGUCUUUGGAAGACGAUGAAAAGUCAGGAGGUUGUCUAAACUGAAUGUUUUUACUUUCCGAUACAAUCUUCAUAUCCUUAUAUGUUUCUUUGACACAUGCACUUGUAAUUAUUGAAUUUAGUUCUUUAAUUUGUGUUUGCCAUUUUGGGCAGCAGCUGAGUGCCAAAA